AUGAACGGCCUCGGCCUCAAUAUAUCGUCUGCCGGCGUGUUGCGAGGCGGCGGCGGCGGGCUCGGCCGCGAUGACGAUGACCUGUACUCUUUCCCCUCUAGCUUUCCGAGCUGCGAUGCGAAGAACGACCUCGAGCUGCAGCUUGACGAGUACCUCUCGGAAAACGCGACGCAGCUCCAGUCGAACCCGCGCCUCGGACCCUACUUCAACCUGCGCACGCGCACUGCCGAGUAG